CCCGGCGCGGAUUGAAAGCCACCGCCAGCAACGCCCCACCACUCGAUCUACCAGGGGUUCACAAGCCAGAGAAGCUUAACCUGCCCGAAAGGCGGCGGGUUCCUGCGAGCUAACAUUCUUGGCUCCCGCCAUGGCAUCUUGGCUUUGCGACCUGGCAUCGAAUGACACUGACCGUCACUUUGGAUGGCUUUGAAGUCUCAAACUUCUGUCCCUGAGCAAAUAAAUGAGAGUUCACAUGAUUUCUGACACAAAAAUAAUCCAGACGGAUCGACCGACAGCUUUAAAUAGUGGCGGGAAAAUCGGAGGGUGAUCCCGGUAAUUGCCGCUUCCAACAAAGUAAACGGGGCUCCAGGCUCCGGGGGCAUGGAGCAUCAGUACUCCCCUUAAAACCAGUCGCGAAUGGCAGGGUAAAUUGCAGGAGUGGUAAUUAAUACGGUAUCGGAAAGACGGACCAGCAAUACUUUGACCCUCAGCCCAGGGAGUAUAUUACUAGAACGCUGCUCCUGUCUCUCGUCCAAUUUGAGAUUGCGAAAUCCAUCACCAGACUCUUCCAACCUACCUGAUCCAACGGCCACAGCAUCUUAAUCCUUCGCAAACAUGGUCCGAAACGUAUCUCUUGCCCUGGCGGCACUACUUCCCUUUGCUUUGGGUCAGGUCAGCGAUGGCUUUGAGAACGGGCUGGAUACCACAGUGUGGCCGACCUAUGCACCCGACUGCAGCCAGGGCGGCAAGAUCACGCUUGACUCCACGCAGGCGCACACUGGAAAGAACUCCGUACGGGUUGACGGUGCAGGUGGCUACUGCGGGCACAUCUUUUUUGGCUCGACAAAGAUCCCCAGCGGUGACGUAUACGUCAGGACAUGGCUUAAAGCAUCCAACGCCUUGACCGACGCGCACGUCACCUUCAUCACCAUGACCGACUCGUCCCAGGCAGGCAAGCACCUGCGCAUGGGUGGUCAGAGCAAGAUCCUCAUGUUCAACCGGGAGACGGACGACGCCACGCUCCCGGACCUGUCCCCACAGGGAAUCGCCGCGUCGGCGGCCCUGCCCACCAACACCUGGCAGUGCAUCGAGUACCACAUUGGGCCCGACGGAACGCUCGAGACCUGGCUGAACGACAAUGCCGUCGCCGGCCUCACCAGCAAGGCCGGCGUCUCGAACGCCAACGCCGGGGGUUGGCAGCGCAGCACCGUUAAGCCAAAUGUAACGGGUGUGUACUUUGGCUGGGAGUCUUACAGUGGCGGUACAAACACAUUUUGGUACGAUGAUAUUUCCAUCAGCUCGACAAGGGUUGGCUGUGGGAACGGUACUACUGCUUAAGUCGAGUUGGAGGAGGAGGAGCAAGGUUCGGCGGAAGAUAAGAGACUGAUAGCGCCGCAGGAAAGGUGCUGUCUCUCCAUAUAAAUUGGUCUCAAAAGCACAUAACUCGAAUGAUUAAACACAUCAUUUAACACAAGGUACUUCUCAACGCUUUGUCUGUGUCAC